UUUGCAGGGAUGAAUGGUCAAGCGGAUCGCUGCGACCGAACCGCCUACGUUUCGGGUCUUCAGCCGACAAUCUCCGACAUAGAACUGUUCGAGGUGUUCAAUCGUGUCGCUCACGUCGAGAAGGUCAUCGUUCGCAAUGGAGCCGCCCGUCACGCGCUCAUUGUUUUCAAAACUGUUCAAGGCCUGUAUCAGGUGCUCGUAAACUUUCAAGGAACAACUCUUCACGGCCGUCAGCUGCACAUUCGUCCACUGCGAGAAAGUUCGCACGCGAACAGCGAGGCCAUCUCAACGAUGUUCGAGAAGGUCAAACAUCAGGGAAAUUCCGGGAAUUCUUCGUAUCGUCAAGAGCACUCGUUCCCCGAGUACCGAAACCAGAACCCACAGGCUUCAUCAUACCUUCCACCGAAUCCACGUGGUCAUCGAAACUCGACGGGCUGUUUCAAUGGUGGCGGCGGGGGCUAUGGACGCCGACGUUCCGCCGGUGGAUACAAUCAGUACAAUCAGAACAAGUAUCCGAACGAAACGUACCCGGGAAUGACUCUGUUCGAUAAUCAUCCAGUGCAGCAGUAUUCGGGCUUCAAUCCCAUCGAUUUUCGCUUUGAUGACUAUGUGGAAGGAGCCAAAAGAUUCGACAACCUUGCCAACCUGAUUCGCUCGAGCACCCCCACGGAUCCGUUCGCUAAUUAUCAAAAACCUUGUGAAUCCACAAGCACAUCUCGUUCUCGUACGAAUUCAGCAAAAGAUCAAAAGCAUGGCCCGCCAACGUGGAAAAUGGAGCUGCAGAUUAAGAAAGAUGACCACCACCACGCCGGCGGCGGAGCAGCAACCACAGGACAGAAGCUGUCCCCACAACAGUUUUUGGCUCAGAUAGCUCAGAGACAACAAUCGGAGCAAAACGCGGAUGAGGUGGCCAAGAAGAAGCGUCCGAACCUUUCGGUUAUCAAUCCAUCGCUUUUCUAUGAGCAAUACCCGAGAACAUCGUCGCCAGUUGUUUAUGCUUCAAAAUCUAAACCAUCCGGCCACUACGACGACAAAAUCGCAUCUCCACACGAUCCGGCAGUUCUCGCUUACAGUCGCCUUCGUGUACCUCAAUCGGCCUUCGACAGUCUCUCACCAAUCGACACCGACAAUUGCUCAUUCAUCACAAAACACUUGGGACCAACAACCGGUGUGAAGCGUGAUUUGACGAACGACGAGUUGUCGGAUAUGAUUGUAUCAACUGGAAAUCUCCGAAUCAAUCCAACCAACAUCGAUCAUCAUGACGAACCGGCACCAUGGUCUCCGCUGAAACGUCUUCGCGCCGAAAGUGGAUCCCUAUCAACUGCACAAGUCGCGUCGCCCGAGUUCUCACCGAUCAAACCAAAGACAAUGGAGUUCCACGAGACUGAGGAUGAUGUUUUUGAAACUGGACCACCACCAACCUACUUAUCCGAAGGAAACGAAAACGCGGAGAAGAAAUGUGUUGAGCAGCCGAAAAUCAACUACGACGACAUUAAUAAUAGUCGUCUUCCGUCGAAUUCUCAUUCGGCAGCACCGAAUUCCGAGAAGAAGCAUUUCGUUUUUCCGGAAUACCCAAUGUGCCGUCACUCGUCAGUUCCAUCGAUUGCUCACUUGGUCGGUGAUCUGUCGGACUUUUGCCCACACGCUACAGCCGACGAGAAGAUGCUGCUCGACGAGGCGUCUUCAAUCAUCGAAAAUACAACUCCAGCAGUGUCUACUGCUCCGGCUGCUGCUCCAGGAGCUACAAUGCUCCAAAUAUAGGAGAAGAUCACAUAUACAAUAAUAUAAUCUUAUUGCAUUUUCGCAAUUCUCGUUCUCUCCACACACAUACACACAUCAUCCCAAGUAUUCCUGUGCUGAAUCUCAGUUUGAAUGAUGUUUCAUACCGUUUUUAUCCCACUAUUGCCUUAUCGUUUCCUGUUUUAUUAUAUUUUUCAUUUUUUAUAUUGCCACCACCACCACCAACACCACCCUCUCUAUCUUUUUUUGUUCUUUUGCCUCCAGCAACAUCAUCACCUAGUUUUCUGUGAAUUUUGAAUUUUGUGUUCCCCCGAGUCCCCUCUGAUAGGAAUGAUAGGAAAAACAAUGAAAAUGCGAGUUUUUUCAAAAAAAAAAAUACAAACUAGGAAACUAUAGAAACAAAAAAAAAACAUUUGAGGCGCAGUACCGAAAUCUCUCCAAAUUUGGCCCGAAAAAUUCAAAAGAAAAUAUUUAUUUUUCUAAAUUAUUAUUUUUCCGCCACUCCAGCCUCAUUCUCAUUGGAGCGCGCAAAGUCAUGUCGAUUUACGAGAUUAAGAUUUUCAACGAGUUUCAUCAUUGUUAUCGAUUUUCGUGUAAAGUUAACUAAUUUUUUUGAAAAUUUUCGCAAAAAAUUUUGGAUAAUAAAAUGUUCAAUUGGCA